AUGGGACCUGUUCCUGUCAUUGACUUUCCCUUACCUCAAGUGCACUCAAGCUUAUCUCCAUACAUUAAAAGCCGGCAGGAGGCACAAAAAGUCCGUCAAGUAUUGACUUUAUUUGUUGCAUCCACUUUGGACCCCACUUCCAGCCAACAUAAUUCGACUCAGCAUAUCUUGUGCCCUGAUGGGCGACAGCAGGGAGUCAAAGUUCCCUUGGAACUGGGACAUAUGAGAAAAGAAUAUCUGCGGGCAGUCAAUGCGAAUGUAAAAGCACAGAAAGAGUAUGCUUCUUUGACAUCUGGUGGAAUCUCGGGAGAUGAUUCCAAAGGGUCUUUGGAAUCAAGCUCUCGGGUCGCAUCAGAGGAGCAUUUGCAUGAGUAUCUGUUAUUGUUGCGUCAACGGCACAGAUAUGAGCGCCUUCGAAUUCUGCAAGACUAUCUCGAACUUCUCGCACAGAAGCCACCCGCUUCCCCGGACUUUCUUGAUGUCAAGCAGAUAUCAAGCCAGCUGUCUCAACCUCCGCACCCGCCAGCCACGAUCAUCCAGGAAAGCGACAAAGAAAGACAAAUAUCAAAACGUGCUCACAUGAAUGCAUUGAUCAGUCGGCUUGAGAAAUCUGUCCUGAAAGCGAGCCAUCUUCUUGAAGCCGAGAAAAUGCGUCUCGCAGAGGCACAGGAAAAAUAUGACAGCAUCAAACAUGCUCAAGUUGGUUCAAACCCGUACCAUAUGAAGGAAAAGGUCAAAGCUCUGGAAAAUACCAGGAAUACCCUGAUAGGGUGGGUUGAAACUGAACUAUCCAAAGCCACAAAUUCCAUGACCGAGGCCGACACGUCAGUUAGCAUGGCUGACAAUGAACGCUCCGAGACAGAUCGAGCGUACAUUGAUCAACGAUCAACAGAAAUUAUGGAACUGUAUAAGGCAUACAUGGAGAGUCGCAAAUCGCUUCUAGCAGAUUCGCAUGCAGAUACUUCACCGAAUGAGGAACCUCGGAAAAUCCUGGCUCAAAGCGCAGACAAUUCACUUCUGCAGGAAGAAAGGAUCGAUCCGCAUGCUCAAAGCUCCUCCAUUAUUGCUCUUCAGUAUGCGCGAGAGCAUCUGCUUCCCUUUCAGGAUUUCCAGAGAUCAAUGCUGCAAUCAAGGACCCAUGUCGAGUCUGCUCUAGCUAAGGAGCACAAAACGGCCAGCCAGGCGCUAGAACGGCUCAGUGAUGAAAGCCACCUGCUGCCGGCAUAUCCGCUUCUGGUCAAUCAACCCCGAUUCAAACAUGCCGCGGCAGUGCUUGCCUCUCGAGCAGUCCAACGAGAGGCUGCGCUCGCCGAGGAGGCUGCUUCGGGGCCUUAUGGGGCAUACGGUCACAUUGAGCCAGCUCGGGCGUGGGCUUUUGCAGCGGAUGCUUCUGGCAUCAAUACUAUGGAGACUGUUGAGCGUGCGCUUCAACAAGGUCAGACUACAAUAAACUCUGCGCAAGAUAGGCUCGCUACCAUGAAAGAGCUACUGGGUGAAGAAGGUGAGGAUGAAGGGUUCCAGGCGACUGCUCCUGCCUUGACGGAUCUCGGAGAUAUUUGGACUGCCGAUGCGAUGAAUGCAGGCAAGAAGCGUCAAGGACAUUGGCAGCAAAGACGACGUGGGGCAGAAACGUCCUCGGACGGGCAAUGGCGGGGCAUUAAUGGCCAGAUUGGAGUCAUUGGGCGUGGCACAUAG